UGAUCCUGGAUUUGAUUUUAUAUUGUGCUUCUUUGAGAGAAAGGUUUCCCAAACUUGAUUUACACAGUUGUGGGAUGGAAGAUAAACAACUCGAGAGAAUUUGAGAAUUGCCUUUUAUCAACACACACCCCCGUGCACGCACACACACCCGCAUCCGAAGGGAAACGUUAGGCCUGGUGCUAAAUGUGUGCGUCCCUAAGUCUGACGCCUUGGAACGCCUGGCUUGGCAGAGCAGAGGCGGGCGGAGACCCGCCGUCGGGGGAGGCGGCCUAGUCUGGAGCCUCGAAGCCCCCGCCUCCCGUGGGUCCCCGAGGCCGCGGCGUCGUGGGGAAGUAGGCUUGGGCCCGCGGCGGUUGAGCCAAGGAAGUCCUGCAGCGAGAGUCAUGAGGGCCGACUCCAGGCUUGGGCCGGAGGACCAUCUGGUGAGCGGUGCGGGGCCGCCAGCCCAGAUGAGCUGCCCGGGAGGAGGGUGCCCCUGGGGCGGGGCCGACGCCUACGCGCUAGGGAUCAGAAGGGGAGAGCCUGGGUCGUGGGUGCGCACAUCUACCCCUUCGGCCCCCACAGCAUUGGAUUGGGGAGGGGGCUGGAAGUUCGUCCCAAGGUCGGGACCCGAACUCCUGGAGCCAGACGAGGAGCCAGGCGUGAAGUUUCCGGGGGCCUCGGUGCGCGUGUUGUCAUGACGACGCCUCACUUCUCAGCCGCUUUGGCCCCUGCAGGUUCCGGGCUGCCAACGAGGCCCUUCCUAGUGGCUCCUCCCGGAGGGCAUUUACCCGCCGGGGAAAAGAGAUCGCUAUUUGCCGGCGGAGACUUUUAAUCAUGAUCUUCUCUCACGUCUCUCGAACAAAUCAUUGCAACCACUUGGGAAACCAUGGGGAAGACUGAUUGCUUCCUCACGCCCGCUGGAGUCUCCCCUUGCAGGCAUUUCAGCCCCGACUCCCAAGCCCACUUUCCCGCAGGAGCCGACCAGCAAGGCCAGGCCAGAUUUCCGCAAUCCCCCUCGUUCCCACCGUGCAGGGAGGCUUUAGGCCCGAGCGGCCUGUGGGACGCAGCCCGAUGACGCAUUGCGCCUGCGCGCGCGGCCGGCCGGGGCGGGUAUGAGCGAGGCGGGGUGUGAGAGCCGCCUGGAAGCCGGAGUACGCCGGGGACUUUAGAAAGAAUGGGAAAGAACCAGGGGCGUCCUCCACGAGCCCUUCCACCUGUGCCAAGUGCUAUUCAAGAUGAUACUCCACUUAGUCGUCCUAAGAAGAAGAAACCCAGAACAAAAACCACACUAGCAAGUGCUUCUUUGGAAGGUCUUGUUCAGACUGCUGCUCGUAGGCCCUCUGAGGGCAGUGAGCCACCAGAUAAAGAACCCAUAAAGCAUCCAGAAUCUUCUGUUCAAAGGAGGCAGAAGAAGAGGCUACCUCUUGAAUUGGAGACUGCCUUCACCCAGAAGACAUCUAGUCCAUCUUUAUUACCAAAUGAAAAUGGUAUCGAUGUGGAGCCAGCUGAGGAGCCAGUUAUUCAAAAACCUCGAAGGAAGACAAAGAAAACCCAGCCAGCAGAAUUGCAGUAUGCCAAUGAGCUAGGAGUAGAAGAUGAAGACAUAAUUACUGAUGAGCAAAGCCCGGAACAGCAGUCUGUAUUCACUGCACCCACUGGCGUUAGCCAGCCUGUAGGCAAAGUGUUUGUGGAAAAAAGCCGGCGAUUCCAGGCCACUAAUCGGUCAGAGUUGAUAAAGACCACAGAACACAUAGAUGUGUCGAUGGACGUGAAGCCUUCCUGGACCACCAGAGAUGUUGCACUGUCAGUGCACCGGGCUUUCAGGAUGGUUGGUCUCUUUUCUCAUGGCUUCUUGGCUGGCUGUGCUGUGUGGAAUAUUGUUGUGAUAUAUGUUCUAGCAGGAGAUCAGCUUUCUAACCUCUCAAACCUUCUGCAACAAUACAAGACCUUGGCAUAUCCAUUCCAGAGUCUUCUCUACUUACUCUUGGCUCUAAGUACAAUUUCAGCUUUUGACAGGAUUGACUUUGCUAAAACAUCAGUAGCAAUCCGAAAUUUUCUUGCCCUGGAUCCAACAGCUUUAGCAUCUUUCUUGUACUUUACUGCUCUUAUACUAUCUCUGAGUCAGCAAAUGACAAGUGACAGAAUCCACCUUUACACACCUUCUUCUGUUAAUGGUAGCCUCUGGGCAGCAGGAAUUGAAGAACAGGUUCUCCAGCCAUGGAUCGUGGUGAAUCUGGUGGUAGCCCUUCUGGUUGGAUUAUCUUGGCUUUUUCUGUCUUAUAGGCCAGGCAUGGAUCUUAGUGAAGAGUUGAUGUUCUCCUCUGACGUGGAAGAAUUUCCUGUUAAAGAUAAGGGAAUCAAAGCCUCUUCAUAAUGCCAGCUCACCUGCACAGGAAUAUAACCCAGUAUUUAGAAUUUUUCCCAUUCUUGUUUUUAAAUGUAUUUUUAUAUGAUAUGUACAGAUGUAUUUAGAAUUGAUUUAAUACUGAAAAAAUCUCAAGAUUAUGGAAAAUGGUAAAAUUGUAUCUGCAGUAUAUACCCAAACAUUAAUCUCAGUAGCAUUAUUAUCUUAAUGACAAAGGAGAUAAUGAGCUAGAGACCAGUAGGUGAAAGUGUUUAUUUCCUUUUCUCUCAAAUUAAUUGCAUUUAUAAUCAUUAUCUUAAAAAGCACUAAUACAGAAAAAGCCAUAACUUUAGUGUUACACAAUAUAUAUAUCAGGUUUAAACAUAAAUUUAGGGAAUGGGGAAGGGGGGAAAAAAGGACCUUCAUUAUUUGUUUUUGAUGUCUCCAUACUGAAUUAAUUGAAAUAUGAAAUUUGCCUGUUUUGAAACUGGCUUAGUGGUUGUGUAUCAUGUAAUAAGUGUAAUGUAAUGUAAUUUAGCUCAAAAGAUGCUAAUAAAAAAAUACAUCUUUUUUGUUUGAAAAGUU